AUGAAGCUUGCAAGCUCCACCGAUAAUGGCGGAAGAUUGGUCACAACAUUCCCUUUUAUAGGUGUGUUUAAGGGAGAUAAAUCAUUCUUAGUGGAAUGUGAUGGUGAUUUGUUGCUAGUUGUUCAGUAUUUGUCUAAACUUUAUGUUUCAAAUGUUGAUGGUGAAGAAAUUUACAACGGGGCUGUCAGAUUUAAAGUGUUUAAGCUUGAUGAGAAAAUGAAGAUGUGGGUGGAGAUGAGAAAUUUGGGGGAUAGAGUUUUGUUUUUAGGGGAAGAUUCGGCUUUUCCUGUUUUGGCUUCGAAUUUGUGUAUUGCCAAUGGGAACUGUGUGAUAUUUAGGGAUGAUAUUCUUCGCAAUGUUCGUCCCACUGACCUUGGUAUCAGUUUUUUUCACUUGGAUCAAUGUCGGACUUUGCCUUUGUCUGAUUUUCCUUCUUAUGCUAAAUUGUUCUGGCCACCUCCAGAAUGGGUUGGGAUGUGUAUCGACAACAGCAGAGUAUGCGUAUUGGAUUGA